GAUCUACUGGAAAUUGAGUAUGCCUCGGUUCCGGAGGAAAACAGCGCCACGCAUUUGUCACCGAAAAAUUUGAAUUUGAUCUACACAAUGGCACGUGAUGCAUCUGGAUCGACAGAUGAUUUGGAAAGUAUGGCAAGACAUUUGAAAAUGACCCUGGAUCAACAGCUGGGAGAAAAAUGGCAUGUGGUUGUCGGGACCGAUUCGUUCGGUAGUAAUCUGGCCAGUCUUCCUGGAGCUUUGGCCAAUUUCAAGGUGGAUAAAUAUGUGUUUCUUAUGUGGCAAACAUGA